AUGCUCGGAAUCCUCUUUGCUGUGCUGACUCUGGCAACCGCAGCCCUUGGCUGUGGGGUUCCUGCUUACCCACCUGCUGUGUCUAGAGUGGUUGGAGGGGAAAAUGCAAGACCAUACAGCUGGCCCUGGCAGGCCUCCCUCCAAUACAUUUCAAGUGGCAAAUGGUAUCACACCUGCGGAGGAACCCUCAUUGCAAGCAACUGGGUGAUGACAGCCGCACACUGCAUCAGUUCUUCUAGAACGUAUCGAGUAUUUCUUGGGAAAUACAACCUAAAAGUUGAGGAAGAAGGAUCAAUUGCAGUCCAGCCAGAAAAAAUCAUUGUUCAUGAGAAAUGGAAUCCAAAUAAAGUUGCAAAUGGGUACGACAUUGCUUUGAUCAAACUCACCAAACGUGUCACCUUAAGCAACCAAAUUGAGCUGGCCUGCCUCCCCGCUCCACAAAGCAUCCUAGCAUCCAACACUGCCUGCUAUGUGACAGGAUGGGGAAGGCUGCAGACAAAUGGAGCUCUUCCAGAUGAACUGCAGCAAGGCCUUUUGCUGGUGGUGGAUUAUGCAACUUGUUCCAAGAACAGCUGGUGGGGGAGCACGGUGAAAUCCAACAUGGUUUGUGCUGGUGGGGAUGGAGUCACCUCCAGUUGCAAUGGGGACUCUGGUGGCCCCCUGAACUGCCAAGGCGCUGACGGCAGGUGGGAAGUGCAUGGCGUUGUCAGCUUUGGCUCUUCUCUGGGCUGCAAUUUUUAUCACAAGCCUUCUGUCUUCACUCGGGUCUCUGACUUCAAUAGCUGGAUCCAGCAGGUUAUAAACAGCAACUAAUGCAAAGAGAAGUGGAUGAUAGAUGAGAACAGUACCAAGAAGGAGAACAGCCUGAAUAAAGUCAUGGUCAUGACACCUUUGAUCAUAAAGAGCUGGGAAAUUAUGCAUGUACAAAUAACAAUAUUGUACUUAAUCAAACUGUAAUAAACACUGGUUUUGGCAACACGAAAGAAAAACGUGGGUCAAACGUUCUUGUGUAUUGUCAGAACCAGAGCCUUCAUUUAGCGAUGAUGCUGGAGACCUUUUACAGUCCUUCCCCUGUCUAGGGCUGGAGCUUGAUACUCUCACCUGGGGGAAGAUGCGAGCCCUGCUGUGAAGAGGAUGCAUGGUGGAGGAAGAGUCGAAGAGCUGCGGGAACAGUUUCGGAGGGAGGAGGUGUGAGAAAGCAAGGUGGUGGCAGGGCUGAGAUGGGCGGCAGGCAGGACCCUUG